UAAAAAUUAAUAUGAACGUCAAACAGGCUAGCAUGCUAACUAGCUAGCAUGCUAACUCGCUAGCAAGCUAACUAGCUAGCUACAUAACCGUCAUUCGGUUCACGCCUAAAGCCUCAGUUGUUUAUCAAAUCGCACAUUAGUCUUUUUUUUUAAUAUAUAUAAAAUCAUUAAAAUCUAAAACAUAACGGCGUCCUAAAUAGGCAAAGAUUCAGCGUUCAUCCGCUAGUUCAAGGGACCUGCAAUUUCCUGGAUGCUGAUUGGUCAGAAGGUUGUCUACAUGAACAACACAAUAAAUAAGUAAACUUGCGACAGUUUACAUGUUUUUGAAAGGAGAGGAUUUUUGUUUGAAACAACCGCUUACAGCUGUAACAAGCGAGAACGGGAACUAAGCUGUUUCAUGGAAGUUCAACUACAUUUAAUGCACUUUGGCCGGACGAUGGACGAGCUGGUCCAUGACUUGGUGUCAGCGCUGGAGGAGAGCUCGGAGCAGGCUCGUGGCGGUGGCUGCAGUGCCAGCCUUGACCUUGCACUGCCUGCUGGGCGUAUGCUCAAACGGCACGCUCGUAAACGCCGUGGAAGGAAGCGCCGCUCAGAGAACGGCACCCGUGCCGCACUUGGCCACGCCCCUUGUCACACAAGCCACGCCUCGGACUCCAGCCUGGACGAGCACAGAGACACACGCCUGUCCUCUAGCUCUAAUGCCAAUGCUAACAACAGCGACUCGGACGAGCAACUCGGUGCCAAACGUGGCAAGCGGCCUCCGUGGCACGACGAUGCAGCGGUCACCGAUGCCAAUCGGAGCCUUCGGAGAAGGCGCAAGGUCAAGCGCAUGGCCAUCGACCCGCCACCGGAGUUCUCGCCCAAAUCAGCAGGAGGGAGCAGGGAGGAGGGGACAGGGAAUGAUGCAGUGAAUAAAGGCAGAGUGAAGAAGAGGAAGCUGGCGCUGGCACACCGGCUGGCACUGGAUGCCGCUGACGAAGGCGUGGUUGUGGAGAGCGAGGAAGCAGGGCUUUCUGGGAAAGAAAAAAUGGACUUUGAGGAGCACAAGUGUUCCGAUGAAGACAUGAGUGACAGGUGUGAAACCAGCAGUGUAAGCAACAGUAGUGAUGGAGGUCUGUUCACUAAUGAUGAAGGGAGACAAGGUGACGACGAGCAAAGCGAUUGGUUCUACGAGGGUGAGGCAGGUGGGGCUUGUGGUAUUGCGGGUGUGGUCCCGUGGUGGGACAGGGACUCUAACGAGCUGGACCUAAAUGACCCGGUGUUCAACAGCAUCCUCACAGGGGCCUUUCCUCUCAUGUCCCAGGGAGCACAGCGAGGGUUUCAAGCCAGGUUGGCUCGACAUGCUCCACUGCGACAGUCUCAGGGCGUCUCUCAGGUAGCCGGAUGUGCUGAGAGAAGACUGUCUCAGGAUCCUCACACACACGAGCCUUGGUUCAGUCCCGGAUCCAGACGUGAACAGUGUCACUGGGAUUCGAGAUCAGACCGAGGUCAUCGGAGAAGCUGCUCACUAAAGACUGCCAGCAGGCAGACAAGUGGACAUCUUGGCUCAUUGUGUACCGGAGACAUUAAAAGGAGACGCAAAGCUGCACCUAUGGGAGCUCCCUUAUCUACAGGUGUGGUAGGAGAGGGAGUGUCUCCAAUCCCAGACUCCAAUGUGGGGAACCGGAUGCUGCAGAACAUGGGCUGGUGCCCGGGAAUGGGCCUCGGGCCCGAGGGACGAGGCAUCACCGAGCCGAUCCGGUGCACACAGAGACCCAAAGGCGCAGGGCUCGGCUUUAACUGAGGUCUGAGCUCGACGCAGAGACAGACUCUGAGCUGUCUGUGACAAAGAUGCUGUCUCCCAGCAGGGGGCAGCACUGAGGCCAAGCUGCACGAACAGCGGAAGCAACGAAAGAACAUGAACACGAGAAGAGGCCGCUCGUUCCCCAGCUAGACGGAGAGCGUUGAAUUUUGCACAAAAAACACAGUGUCAUAUCCGUAGCAAUCUAAAGACCACCGAUUUAGCUGCUGUCAUAUUUCACCUCACGCCAUAUUCCUCCAAUCCCAAUCCCAUGUCCUAAUUUAUAUACUUUGCCAAUCGUAUGGACUCGACAUGUGCUACUACUAUAUGAAAUGUAAACCUGCCAGAACCAUGAGAGACUCCGCGUAAAUUAUUGCAAGCAUUAUAUAUAUAUAUAUAUAUGCUGAAGGACGGUUGCCAGGAUGUGCUUGUAAAUCACAGAUCUGUCUGUCUUGUUUUCAGCUGUAUUUUUAUUUCUAAAAAAUGUUUUUUAUCCGAUACGUAGCGUCCCGCCAGCCGGCGAGGUCGUAAACCUAACACAUGCCCAGACCAACCAUGUCAUUGCAGUUCGCCCUCUUCCACAUACACACGCGAUUGGUCAGUUUUGUGCUGAUUGACAGAAGAGCGACUAACACCGUCCCUCCCACUCACGGCCAUGAACUCUUCAUCUUCUGACAAUAAAAAAAUAAAUAAAUAAAAGUAAUAGCACCCCUCGGUGCCGUUUAUUUUAGUCCUUAGAAAUAGGCAAACAUUCCCAGUUUCAUUUUAAAGAUCAUCCCUUUAAUGUGUAAAUCCUUUGGACUGGGAAUCUUUAUACCGAAUGGGAUUCCAAUUCAUUAGAACGAAUCUCUGUUCUAUACACGAUGUUUUUAAAUUACAUCACCAUUUAGUUCUAGUUCUUUUUUCUUUUUUUUUGGCACUUUUAGCAAGCGCAAGACCAAGUGAAAAGACCAGAGCGCAAAUAUUUUUUGCCGACGAAGCUUGCAGUUUAAAUGAUAAAUUUAUUACAAGUCAGUGUGAUUAUCAUCUUUAGUGCUACGAAUUGUUUUACAAACACUUUGUAAACUUUUCACUCAAAAUACCUUUACAUUAAAAAUAAAUAAAUAAAUACAUUUUAGGUUUCAUGUGGAUCUGUGUAUCCAGGGAUGAAGUUUAAAGUAAGAUUCAGGAUACAUCGAAGUUUUUUCUUUAUUUUUUUUUUAAAGAAGUGUUCGUUAAAGUGAAUCGAGGACGAGUUUGCUCGGUAAAAAAACGUCGAUCUUUUACAUCCUGAUUUAUCUUCGCCCGUCUCUAAGUGAUGAUGUUGCACAGAUUCGCUGUAUAAAGUACAUCUUAAUCACAAAGGUGCUGAUUUGGGAUCAGUGUUUACUCCUGUGUGUGCUGGUGUGCUGUACGUCAUGAUGUGGCUCCAACCGCCGACGUGAUAUCAGGAUCGUGAUACGUGUGAUUGAUGACGUUGUGCUCUUCGGUUGCUGCGCUUCCUGUUUAGAAAACGUCUGAAGGUUUUUUUUUGUUUGUUUUUUUGGGCCAGAGAUGGUGACUGGUAGUUGGAGAUAAGUUCGCUCAGAUCUUUACAGCUAUACAAGGUUCCGUUUUGUAUUACAGACCAGAAUGCUGUUCUCCAAGUAAAAGCUGAUAUGAAUAAAACCAAGAAACCUCA